AUGCUAUCUGCCUCACUAUGGAGUGCUCCGAGAAUCGAGCUCAUCGACCAAACUCAGAGUGGUAUUCAACGGAUCUCAAAGUACAAGGUCCGUCAUUCUGAAAGUCUCGUCGAUACUCCUGCGGAUCACUGUCUCGCGGAUUCGCGGUCGUGGGAACACGGAAGUCAUGCAACGCUGGGCCUGCAGUGGCACCCGGUGGACGAUACCUUUGCAUUUUCCAUUCAAGGCUGCACCAUUGAGAAUUUCACUAAGAGGAAAAUUCUCUCGGAGAUCGCGCGUUUAUUUGAUCCGCUCGGAUGGUUGACACCAGUAAUGACCGCGCAAAAAUCUUACUUCAGCAUGCAGAAGCUGGACUGGGACAUCCCGCUCCCUCAAGCAGACGCCUGCCAUUGGAGUCGUUUUCUGGAGGAACUCCCAAGACUUGAACAGCUUAGAAUCAACCGCUGGUUGAACACAGGCGCGAAAGACGCGAAAGUCGAACUGCACGGAUUCGCCGACGCGUCCGAACGAGGAUACGCAGCCGUGGUGUACCUUCGUGUCAUCAACACUGACGAUGUCAAGGUUCUCCUACUAGCAGCAAAGAGCAAGGUCGCUCCGAUCAAGCCGGUAUCCUUGCCGCGAUUGGAGCUGUGCGCCGUCGCCUUGCUCACGAAAUUAGUUGUACACACACGUACCGGUUUAAGCCUGUCCACAGCUCCAGUUACUCUUUGGUCCGACUCCAAGGUCACACUCUACUGGAUUCAGGGUCACGCCUCUCGAUGGAAGACUUACGUGACCAAUCGCGUGUCCACAAUUCAAGAGGCACUUCCAGAAGGACGAUGGCGUCAUGUUCCCGGAAGAGACAACCCGGCCGACUGCGCCUCUCGGGGAAUAACAUCAGGAGAGCUCAUGGAUCAUCCACUCAGGCCCCCCUUGGCUGCUCAGGGACGACUCAACUUGGUCUAA